UUUUUAAUCGUAUGGCAACAGAAUGACAAUUCAUGAAAUGCGGCCAUUUUCUGCUGUAGUGGGUGUUGCGUGACUGACAUUUUAAGAAACGAAUUAAGUCUGUUACUUUCCAUUUAAUUGUAACUCCGACAGUACUUACAAUAAACACUCUCUAAAAUCUCAUUAAGAACUAAAUACCUUUAGCAUUUGAAAGAAUUCCUGUCUAUAGUGAGAGGUAUGGCCGACCGGGAAGAUAAUGUCUACAAAGCCAAGCUUGCUGAACAAGCAGAGCGGUAUGAUGAAAUGGUGGAAGCAAUGAAAAAAGUUGCUUCUCUGGAUCUCGAACUUACUGUAGAGGAGCGUAAUUUACUGUCAGUGGCUUAUAAAAAUGUUAUUGGAGCACGCAGAGCAUCCUGGAGAAUUAUCAGUAGCAUAGAGCAAAAGGAAGAAAACAAAGGUGAAAAUACUAGAUUGGAAAUGAUCAAGACCUAUAGAAUCCAGGUGGAAACUGAACUGAAAGACAUUUGCCAAGAUAUUCUGGAUGUACUUGAUAAACAUUUAAUCCCUACUGCCUCAACUGGAGAAUCUAAAGUUUUCUAUUACAAAAUGAAAGGUGACUAUCACCGUUAUUUGGCUGAAUUUGCUACUGGCAAUGACCGCAAAGAAGCUGCUGAGAACAGUCUUGUGGCUUACAAGGCUGCCAGUGAUAUUGCAAUGACGGAGCUGCCCCCAACCCAUCCUAUCCGCCUGGGUCUUGCCCUUAACUUCUCUGUUUUCUACUAUGAAAUCUUAAAUUCCCCUGAUAGAGCAUGCAGAUUAGCAAAAGCAGCUUUUGAUGAUGCCAUUGCUGAGCUUGAUACAUUAAGUGAAGAAAGCUACAAGGAUUCUACUCUGAUAAUGCAGCUGUUGCGUGACAACCUUACAUUGUGGACGUCAGAUAUGCAGCACGAUGGUGAAGGAGAACAGAAAGAACAAGUUCAAGAUGUUGAAGAUCAAGAUGUUUCAUAAGUCAUUUUAUAUUCAUAAAUAAUGUGUUCCAUUAAUUUGUUACAAUGUGAGAUGGUUUUUUUUUUUUUCUUUUAUUGCCAUGUAGGGUAUUUCCUUUGCUCAUAUUCGAUCAGCAGAUGUUUUGUGUCUGUAAAAGAGUGCGAGAGAGUGUUCCCUCCUAAUCAGGAACUUGUCAGCCGCAAUUACUUUUGGUUAAAUGUAUAUUUUUAGACCACGUCUGAAAUUAGGUUGAAUUUGUUUUGUUUAUGUCUACUCAGAAGUUAUGUAUAAAUUUUUUUUUUAAAUAUUUUUUUAUUACUUAAUUGUAUUUAAUUUAUGUAUUCCUGCAUACUGUUUUGUGCUUACCCAGAAAACUGUGCAUGAACUAUUUGAGUUUCUUUUUUUAAAAAAAAAAUUAUUUAAACUUAUUUUUCAAUAUGUCUGUAUGUAUGCAUGUUUAAAAAACUAUGUGUGCGGAAUUCCGCUUUUUACUAAAUAUGUAAUGGAAAAAGGUCUUUAUUUAAAAUAGCCUACAUAUAUUUGUGUGUGUAUACUUGUCUGCUUUAUACAUUCUUUAAUGCUUUUUUAAACUAACAAUUUUUUAAUGUAUUUCAUUUAUCAAAUUAAAAGUGUUUGUGAUCGUUUUAGCAACUUUCUCAAAAUGAGUAUUUUGUCAGUUUUAAAAAAAAGGAAAUUAUUCACAUUCAAAUUUUACACACACAAACAUAUACUCACUGAAAUUUUUAGAGCAUAGUUUAAAAGCAGCUAUGACUUGGCAAACCUUUUUGCUUUUUUCUCAUAUCUAUCUAUAUAUAUAUAUAUAUCUAUAUCCUUAGAGUUCAAUUAAUUCCCUUCAAAGCAAUUUUUUUUUGUCUUAAUUUUUAAUUUAUGAGAAUAUUUCACACAUGAAAAGAAAGAAAUAUCCACAGACAUUUUCAUACUCAGGCAUAAGUAGUGUAGCUCUGCGUGUCAUCCUAGCUACUAUAGAAUUUUUUGAAGGAAAAAAAAUAGUUUUACCUUGAUGUGACGAAAAUUGGCAUAUAGGGAAAGGUAUGAGUUACUUGUAAUUGCUUUUAGAUGAGAAAUUACAUUUGGAUUUAGCUUUGUCAAAUUAAAAAAAUUUUUUACAGUACUUUACGUUCAGGAUCACUUUUUUGAAAUAAAACAUCUGCUUUGAGAAAAGAUUUUUUUUUUGUUUUGUUCACUAAAUCUUGUACAAUUUUCUUACAGCAAUCUAUUUUCGUAAUUAUCGACUUGUAUUUUAAUUGAUUUUGACCUUAAAAGAAGUACUUGAAUUUUUAUUAAAAAUGUUGCAAAUAUAUCUUUCGUGUUGUGACUGUUGACCUCUAUUUUUAUUGUUCUUAAACACACACUUUUAGCUUUAAUACUUGGUGUAGUUUGUUUAAAAGCAAAGAAAUUAAAAAAUACUGGCUCGUAUCCCAUUUAAUGCAUUGUAUUCACUAAUUUUGGCUCAAAGUUUAACAAUUUUUUUUUCUUUUUUAUUUGUACGUUUCUCGUGAACUGGUGCUAAAAUUCUUGUAGCUUUUUCCUAUAAGGAUAUCUCUGCGUCAAGUGUUUAGUGUUUGAUGUAAGUGGAUGUCUAAAAGUCUUAAUGAUAUUUACUUAACUUGAUUUUUUAUUUAAUUCUCCAUUGCAAAUUUGAACAAUCUUAAAACUUCUAUUUUCACUGAAUAUCUCAGUGCAAUUCUAACCUGCAAGAAUUUUUUUCACCAAGUUUAUUUUAACCGUAAAUUUUUAACUCGCUUACACUUAAUAAAACUGUUCUAUAGAUUGCAUGAUCAACUGUCAAAAAAUUUAUCUUUCGUUCUGCAUUUUUUGUUGCGGCAUUAAAAAUGAAUUAUAUACAGAAUUAAAUCAAAUUUUCAACAACCAAAAAAUUUCCAGUGCCUUGGAAUAGUGAUAAUGCAGUUGCAAUGUAAAUUUUUUUUUUGAUUAAUUUUAUUUGUGAAUUUAAAAAUACUAACCAUUAAAAUUUUACAAUUCACUUUAAAUGCAUUUCUAAUUUAGUCAUUGACAGUCUACUUAUUCCUCAUAGGCUACUGUAGUACUUGCUCAUCUCAAGACAACAAAAUAAAAUUGCUUUUUAUAAAUAAAUUAAAAGAAAUCUUUAUUUGUGCAGUGAAAAGUAUAAUUUAUUGAGCCUCCAGAAUAUCUGUACAAAUGUAAAACAAAAUUCCAUUCCUUGUGUAUACAAGUGGUACUGUAUUUCUGACAUCUUUUUCAUUCCAUCUGUAGAACAGAAAACAUUGUGUGCUUUUUGUACAACAUAUUUGUUAGUUAUUGCUAUAUAUACAGUCAUUCCAGCGGAAUGUAGAAGAUAUCUCAAAGUGUGUUUUAUGAUGUAAUAAACUAAUAAAUGUCA